AUGGUGGCUUGGUGUUUGUGGCAGAGAAGGAAUAGACUGAGAGAGCAUCAACAUACAUGGCAAUUGCAUGAGAUUGGCAAUAAAGCUAAGGAGUUGGUUCAGGAAUUUUGGGAUGUCCAUCACAAGGAGCCGCAAGUUCUUGAUCAACAGCCACAUGUUCGCUGGUCUCUUCCACCUGUUAUAAGUUACAAAGCUAACUUUGAUGCAGCACUAUUUGAAGGCACAAACCAAGUUGGGAUAGGAGUGGUGUUUAGGGAUCAUGCAAGAAAUGUUAUGGCUGCCUUGAGUCAGAGAGUGGAUUCGAUCAAGUUGGUGGAGGUGGCUAAAUCUCUAACAGCCAGAAGAGCUGUGGUGUUUGCGAGGGAACUGAGCUUGUUUGAAGUCAUAAUCGAAGGGGAUUAUCUUUGUCUUAUACAGGCCUUGCAGGGUUCGGGACGAUGCAAUACUUUAUUUGGUCAUAUCACAAAUGAGACUAAGAGGCUAGGGGGUCUGUUGAGGCAUUGUCAUUUUCAGCAUGUACAGCAGGAAGGGAAUAGGUUAGCUCACGGCCUAGCUAGAAGAGCAGUUUUAGCAGUAGACACUGAUGUUUGGGUAGAGGAUUUACCUAGUGAUUUGGAUGAUGUAUUCCAGACGGAUUUGCCUUAA